AUGACGACAGUGAUCAUGAAAAGAGACAGACAGAAAGACGUACUACUGCCUCCCGGACGGAAGAAACAGAUGGAAGAACAAGGAUAUAGCGACAAGACAACACCAAUGGCACAACGGACAUCGACAGCAACGUUAACGACGACGACGAUAUUUUGGACUGAAAAGCUGAAACAGAGCAAGUUACAGUCGGGUAGCCUCAGGCUCGGGUCAGAAAGUCCUUCAGGUCCAGGAACUUCCGGUCACCAACAAUUAGCUGGACCACCUGAUAGAGGAAGCCAAGUUCCCAGUCAAUCUCCGGGCACACCUCUAGGUCACACUCCAGGACAUCCACCACAUAACAGCCCAGGAUAUGAUCAAAGUCCUACAACAGCUAAUGAACCACCAAGCAAAGUUCCUGGCUCACAGUCUAUAAAUUCACCUACCAGUGGCAACAGAUAUCAACACUCUGUAUCAAAUCCUAAUCCUGGAGCUGGUAUAGGGGUCCAAGGUCCCAGUCCAUCCCCAGGUACAUCCCAAAGUCAGCCUCCAGGAUAUGGUCAAAGUCCUACAAUAGCUUAUGAACCACCAAGCAAAGUUCCUGGCUCACAGUCUAUAAAUUCACCUACCAGUGGCAACAUAUAUCAAUACACUGUAUCAAAUCCUAAUCCUGGAGCUGGUAUAGGGGUCCAAGGUCCCAGUCCAUCCCCAGGUACAUCCCAAAGUCAGCCUCAAGGAUAUGGUCAAAGUCCUACAAUAGCUUAUGAACCACCAAGCAAAGUUCCUGGCUCACAGUCUAUAAAUUCACCUACGCGUGGCAACAGAUAUCAACACUCUGUAUCAAAUCCUAAUCCUGGAGCUGGUAUAGGGGUCCAAGGUCCCAGUCCAUCCCCAGGUUCAUCCCAAAGUCAGCCUCCAGGAUGUGGCCAAGGUCCUACUGUAGCUUAUGAACAACCAAUCAAAGUUCCUGGCUUACAGUCUACACAUUCACUUACCAGUGGCAACAGAUACCAACACUCUGAAUCAAACCCUAAUCCUGGAGCUGGUAUAGGAGUCCAAGGUCCCAGUCAAUUCCUGGGCACACCCAAAGGUCUGCCUCAUACACGACAUCCAGUCUCUUCACCGAGCAGCCCAGGAAAUGGUCAAGGUGCCACUUCACAUGGAGCAAUAGCUCCUGGAUCAAGAUCAAGAUCACCUGAAUCAUGGCAUCCACAUUCAACACCACCAGCCUCUCCUAGCAGUGGAAAUACAGGUCAGAACUCAGGAUUAAGUCAAAAUCCUGGAUUAAAGAGCAAAGAGUCACUGCCAGUAGUUCCAGAAAAUGCACAAAUAAACAAAUUAACUAGCGAUCUGUCAUAUACUGAAAUGGCCCAUUCAACCCAUUUUAGCUCACCAAGAUCUCUCAAGAGUAAUGAAUCUAGAAGCAGUCUUGAAAGUGUUGCUGAUCAUGGCUUGAAGAGUUCAGAGCCACUCAGAACAAUGGAAAGUGGCUUGGUACCAGGUCAAGUUAAGACCACUUCAGUUGCUCCUGCUCAACUCUCUCCUCCACACACAAAUUCAUUGAUCAGCUCACCAUCACCAUUAAUUAGCAAUGAUCCAAGUGGAAUUCAUCAUGCCAAUAAUGAUAGGGAUGCCCAACUUCAUAAUUCCAGGCCAGGAUCAGUGAUAAGUCAGGCCAGACCCUUGCGCAGCGGUAGUGCAGCAGGAUCGAAUGAGCUGACAGAUCCAGAGAUUCCGGUACCAACACAAUCUUCCUUUCAUGAGGCUGCUGAUACCAGCAAACACACCCUAGAACAUGGGGUCCAACCAUCCUCAACACCCGACAAACUAAAGGAUACUAUCCAACGUAUAGUAGAUCUCAGUCUUAGUCAGGCUGAAGAAAUGGCUGCAAGUAACUCGCACCAACAGCAGCCUGUAAUUGGUGAAGGCGACACUGCCAGAGAUAGUGCCAAUGCUUCAUCUGGAGCUGAGGAUCUUCCUGUAGACGUUGUCAGAGAUUCUGCUUCAGAUCCAGAGCAAGUGGGUGAUUCUACAGUCGGGGCUCUGGCCGCUUCCCUUCUAGACUUCCACCAACCUCCAAAAGAGCAGAGAAAACCAGUGACAUUGAGAGGCUACCAGAAGGAAUUGGCUGACCCUGGAAUCAAAGGGGUCAACUACGUAAUAUGUGCUCCAACAGGUUCAGGCAAGACCAUCACAGCAGCUAACAUUUGCUAUGAAAACAUGAUGAAAAUGAAGAAAGCUGGCAGAGAAGAAGACUUCAAAGCCAUCUUUAUUGUUCCCACCAGGCACUUGAAGAAGCAGCAGCGAGAUGGCUUCCAAAACCUGUUCGUUCCUGGGCAGGUAACGUCCCUCGCAGAAGGGCAGAUGUUCAGUGAGGCCCUUGGGAGAGGCAAUGUUCGAGUCUUGAUGAUAACUGCCCAGGUGCUGGUGAAUGCCCUGACCCAGAAUGAAUUCAAAAUAACUGAUGUGUCCAUGCUGGUAUUUGAUGAAUGUCACCACACUACCCUUAAUCAUCCAUACAAUGAAAUCAUGAGGUAUUACUUGAAAGAAAAGAAAGCUAUUCUGAUUCGGAAAGGAGUACGUGAAGAGCAGUGGCCUAUAGGACUUUCCUCAGGUGUAGGUGGAAUACCUCAGGUUGUUGGUUUAACUGCAUCGGUUGGUACGGGCAUAUCUAAUGAUGCCCAUGGUCACAUAGUUACACUAUGCGCCAACUUGGAUAGCUUCGGCGUCAAGACCGUGACUCGAGAAGAAAAUAUUGAUGAAAUGAAACAACAUAACAAGCCGCCAGAGAGGGAUCAGAUACUCGCUACCCCAAAGAGAACGCCAACACCCGAAAUCUCCAGGUUUAUAUCAAUUUUACAAACCACCAUGGAGGAGAUUGAGACCGAGGUCCUGGCCAAGCACCAGAGAGACUACACCAAUAAAGAUGUCGCUGCCUCCUCCCCAACGUUUGGGACACAGGAGUACGAGAAUUGGAUCGCGAAGAUUCGUGUGCAUGCAGAGCUUCGCUUUCCCAACCUUGAAAUCUGUGCCAAUUACCUCUUUCAUCUCAACCUUGCCCUCAUGCUGUAUGAUGAUUUGCGGGCUACGGACGCUCUGGAGUCCAUCGAGGUCUUCAAGCUGAAGACAAAGGGAAUACAAGAUGACUUGCCUGAUGGGAGACACUGUAGGCUGAUCUAUGAGAAAUACCUACAAGAGCUGAAGGAACUGGCGAGUAAAGAGAAUCCGUUGUCCAAUCCUAAAUUACUGUGCCUUCAUGAGAUGAUAAAGAAGGUUUACAGCAAGGAACCCGAAUCAAAAGGAAUUGUUCUGGCAAGGACUCGAUUUGCAACACAUGCUUUGUUGAAUUUCAUCGAAGAGUGUGGUGAAUUAGCAGAACUGGACCCUCCAAUUCUGCCAGUACGAAUAGUUGGACAGAGCAGAGAAGUCGAUCAAGGGCUUACACUAGCACGACAAGAUGCUGCUUUGAAAGAAUUCAAAAGUGGUCGCAAAAAUCUUCUUGUUGCCACUGAUAUCGUUCAAGAAGGUCUGGAUAUUCCUGCUUGCAAUUUAAUCAUUAGGUACAACUUCGUCAGCAAUGAGAUCGGGACAGUGCAAGCGAAGGGACGAGCAAGAAAAGAAGGCUCCAAAUGCUUCCUCAUAGUUGAAAGUAGAUCGGUUAACGAAGGAAGAGAACGCAAGAACCGAGAGAGUGUAUUGGAGAUGGAUGAAGCAAUCAAGAGAGCAAAUGAGUUACCACCACGUGACUGGCACCAUCAGAUACGUCAGAGACAGCUCUCCAUCAUUGAAAACAUCGAAAUGAAAGAUAUGAUGAAAAAAGAACAACAAGAAAGGAGCAAACAAGUCAAUGUCAAGCUCCUGUGCAAUAAAUGUGAGAAGUUCAUCUGUAAAUCAUCAGAUCUGGAAAGAAGGCUAUCCAACUACACUUGUCUCGAUAGCUCUAUCAGUGACAGGACACAGAUUGUUCGACAAGGCCUGAUGGAAUUCAGAGAGUCCAGGACAAUCGGCCUUGUAAAGUGUAAAUGCGGAAACCUACUGGGACAAGCCUUAGAGUUCAAACGUCUGCACGUAUGGAAACGUGGAUACAACUUUAGUCCCAAGAGCUUCUUCUUCGUUUACGAUGAUGACCCAGACAGCAAGAAGGUCUUCUCUAAAUGGAAGAAGGUUGAUUUUCCCAUCGCUUCCGAGGAGCAGUAAGCAAGAGGAUGAUCCACAAAUUGGCCACUCUCGCUAUGAAAACCCAGGGCCCCAUCUUACAGAGAGUCACAGUUGAUCUGAUAAACCUCAAAUGUAUGGAAAUCCAUCAAUGUCAUAUUUUUUUUCUUUAGGAAAUUUGCGCAAUGUCCUUUGUUAACAAAGAGAAACACCCUCACUUUUCAAGAAAGCAAUGAAUGAAUGUAUGAAUAAACAGCAUAUCCAGAAAAUAUUUUGAACAAACAUGCAUUUUAGAUGUUGACCUUGCUGGCUUUCCAUAGUUUUGGUUGAUGAGAUCAAUCGCAGGUCUUUGUAAUGCGGGUCCCAGGGGUAAUUGCCAUACACAGAGAUCAGAGUCAUGGUGCUGAAAGUGUUCCAUUCAAACUCAACUCCAAAAAUCAAACUUGUUUUUCAACCAAUCAGAAGCGCUCAUUUAGGAAUUGUGUUUGAUUUUUCUGAGAUGCGUUUAAACACAACACCUGGGCAACACAGCCCCAGAAAAUUCUGUAAUUCAUUCAUAUUAAACAGUUAACUACUGUAAUUCUGCCGUUCCAGUAGACAUUGUACAGGGAUCAACCAGUUCCAGAAUUAAAUGGGUUAAUUCUUGAUGAUGGAAAAGCUAAUUUAACAAAAAUUUGGCAUUUAGCAGGUGUAUAUGGUUUUUCUUUUGUAGGCAAGGAAAAUUGUUGUGAGUGGUUUUAUUAAUGACAAAAUAAUAAGUUUAUUUCAUCUUCUAGGAGAAUUAUUGAUAAUUAUAAUUGUCAUUUUUGGCAGCUGGGAUGUAAAGGUGAUAUAUACUAUUGAUAAGAAAAUUAGCUACAUUGUAACUUAUGCCUUGCAAGAUAUAAGCUGAUAUCUAUAUUAUAUCCCAGUUGAGAUUUAAAGAGGGUUUUGCUGUUUUAAUUUUUGAACUCUGAAUACAAUCAAAGCUAAAUUUGUUAAGUUAAUAAUGGCAAAAAGAAGCUGCUGAAAACU